AUCGUGUGUAUCCGUACUUCUCCGAUUUAAUUACGAGGAGGACUGCUGAGUUGCCGUUCCGAUUCAGCAGCCGUUGGAUCUCAACACCAAAUAAAUCCUAAGAAGGGUUCGAUUGGUGGCGGCUGCUCAUCACUAUAUACAACCCUGGUCUCCUCUCCCUCUCACUCCUACCUGGACUUCCACCUCACUUCCUCGCUUCCCUGUUUACGCCAUGAAAACAGAUGCUUCAUGAAAUUGCUUAUAAUAUAGAAGAUCUUGUGUAAUAUUUUUAGUAUUGGUGGAAAUCUGAGUAUAUAUUCUACGGAGCGAAAUGGGUUCCGGGGAAGACAGCACACCUGCUAAGCCUUCCAAACCAACUACAUCAGCUCAGGAGACACCAACAACGCCUUCAUAUCCUGAUUGGUCAACCCCCUUACAGGCGUACUAUGGUGCUGGAGCCACUGCACCCCCUCCAUUUUUUACCUCAAGUGUUGCUUCAUCACCUGCUCCCCAUCCAUAUCUGUGGGGAAGCCAGCAUUUAAUGCCACCAUAUGGAACUCCACUUCCGUAUCCCGCCUUAUAUCCUCAUGGGGGACUUUAUGCCCAUCCUAGCAUGGCUGCAGCUCAGGGUGCAGCAGUAACAACUACAGAAGCAGAAGGAAAAGCCUCUGAUGGAAAGGAUCGGUCUUCAGCUAAGAAAUCCAAAAGGAGUUCAGGAAAAGAAAGUAGAAAAUCUGCUUCAGGAUCUGCAAAUGACGGUGCCUCACAGAGUGAUGAAAGUGGAAAUGAGGGUUCAUCCAGUGCAAGUGAUGAGAAUACUAACCAACAAGUUAUGCCAUAUAUAUAUAUUUUUUGUCUUCAGGAUGGCAAGAAGAGAAGCUUUGACCAGAUGCUUGCAGAUGGAGCAAGUGCACAGAACAACAGCAGUGCUCAAUAUAGUGGUGCAACUGUUGAAACAACUUUUGGUACAAGGGGGCAACCACUUGCAAAGCUUCCAGUUUCAGUCCCUGGGAGGCCGGUUGUAAAUAUGCCUGCUGCCAAUUUGAAUAUAGGAAUGGACCUUUGGAAUUCGUCCCCUGCUGGAACUGUACCAUUGAAGACCAGACCAAAUGCUUCUGGUGUCUCAGCUUCUGUUGCACAAGCACCAGUUGUUGGACGUGAAGGGGUUAUGCUUGAUCACCUUUCAAUUCAAGAUGAACGUGAACUAAAAAGACAGAGAAGAAAACAGUCUAAUCGGGAGUCAGCAAGGAGGUCAAGAUUACGGAAGCAGGCAGAAUGUGAAGAGCUGCAAUCAAAGGUGCAAACAUUGACUUCUGAGAAUCACACACUCAGGACUGAGCUCGAGAGGCUUGCUGAAGAAUGUGCAAAGCUUACAUCAGAAAAUAAGUCUUUAAUGGAAGAGCUGACUCAGUUAUAUGGACCAGAGGCCAUUGCUGAUCUUGAAGACAACAAUGCUAGCACAGUUCUCCAAUCCACUAAUGGUGAUGUAAACGGUCAUCAACAAGAUACUUCAAGGGAAAAUGAUUCAGCUUGUAGUCAGAAGAAUGGAACUAUUCUUAACUCUAACGGGAAGCUUGAUUCUGGUUCCAGUUGAUGACAGGACCUUUUUGUUUGUUUGCAGAACCAAUCCAGAGCCUUAACCUUUCCAGUUUUAAUUGUGUCACAAUAUAGUUACGCGUCUCACUGUGUACAUUGUUGUACAAUAAUAGAACUAAGAAAUUUAGGCGUUGCUUAUCCAAUUGAUUAGCGACUAGAGAAGUCUUUAGGAGAGUUUAUUUUCUUCACUUCAAUUGUCUGUUUAAUGUUAUUACUGUCUUUUCUUUGGCAAAUGUAUAUUGCCUGAUGCUUUGUAUUGCACAUGGUGUGUUAAAUCAAUAAGGCAGCAGGGUCGAGCGAUCAUUUAUUCAUUAACAA